AUGUCUAUCUACAACCCAUACCUUUGGUGUCUUCAUUGUGCGGAGUUGACAAUAUUCGCUCUCUCGUGUCCACACUUGGCCUUAUACCUAACCACUGUGUUUCAGAAUUCUCUUUUUAAUGCUGCGCUGAAACAAUCAGCUGCGGUCCGCCGCGACCUUGACGCCUUCGCGGAAGCUCCAACCAGCGGCCCUGCGGCUCUACAAGGACAGAUAUCGGCAUCUCUCACCUCCUUUUCACGGACCAUAGACGACUACUCGUCACUGUCCAAGAAGGAGCUCAUACCUGCAAAACAAGAGAAAGCCUUUGAGCGGGUAAAGAACUUUAGAACUGAGCUAGCAGACUAUAGGUUGCAGUUUGACCGGUUGCGCAAGGAGAGAGAAGAAGCUCAAGUUACUGCAAACAGAAACGAACUACUCGGCCGUCGGCCCCAUCACGCUGCCACGCCUGAGAACCCAUACGCCCAAUCUAGCCUGCCUGCUCAACCCUCAGCAUUUGCCAGCCCGCAUCGCCAACAUGGACUUAGCUUUGGCACAUCACCCUCGGACUACAAUCGAGAAACACACGCUCUACGAGAACAGUCUUUUCUGGCCAACACGAACAACCAGAUAGAUGAGUUCCUCGACAGAGGCCGAGCUGUCUUGGCAGACCUCGGCCAGCAGCGUGAAAUGCUAAAGGGGACGCAACGGAGACUGUACAGUGUCGCCAAUACUCUGGGCGUGAGCGGCGAUACGAUACGGAUGAUCGAGAGGAGGGCUAAACAAGAUAAAUGGAUAUUCUGGGCGGGGCUUGCCAUCUUCAUCUUGUUCUGCUGGGCAGUCCUCCAUUUCCUUCGAUGA